GUUGCCGCUGGUACGCACGUAGGUCUGAGGCGUGGACCCCUUGGGUGUACAACCAACGGGCACCCGGCCAGGCGGGUCCGGCUCCUCUCAGUUUGGGAGUCCUGGGUGUUAACAGAUUGGGCGGUCUUUCCUCCGGCAGAGGUUAAAUCUAGUAAAUGGUGAAGUACUUGUUGGCCAGAAGGUAUUACGGACCACAGGGUCCUUUGGGAAGUAUCCUGACUUGCUGGUCAACCCAGCCUCAACAACAGAGUGGGUGAAGUGCACCCUUCAGCUUUGGCUGGCAACAAGGAAAACUCAGUGAAGCUGGUGUAACUGAGGCACGGCCGUGGGUGGCCCCCAGACGGGUCCUUCGACCCAGGACCUGGGUACGUGGGGGAGCCCUUGCAACCUCCUUUCUUUCAUCCUUACGCAGACCCCGGAUGGAGAAGGGACUGCGGGAGCACGGCGUUCUCAACCCUCAUUUCUGUCUCUCUCUUGCGGUGUGUAUAUUAAAGUGAGGUGAUUCCUAAGCCACUGGGAACGAGAGGCUGUAAAAGGGGCUGCAGGAAAUGGACUGCAGUGUAACAUCCAGAAGCAGAGCUUGAAGGUUUAACCACUGACCCAUUUCACAGAAUGUUUUAUGCAUUUAUGGACCAAAAGAUGGAGUUGGUUUUUUUUAUGUAAAGAUAUUGUCAGUGACCUGAUACAACUAUAUUUAAUUGAUGAAGAUUCAUGGACUUGUCACUGUUGGCCUAUUUAUAAAGUUUCUUCAAUCACAAUUUCUAUUUGAACAUUCAAAUGUCAAAGUAUACUGGGUGUAGAAUGGUAUAAUGAUUUAUUUUUCUCUGAGGACUGGAAAUUUCAUAGAGACCACAGUUGGUUCCAAUUAUAUUCUCCAGUCAAAGUGAUUCAGCCAUUUGAUAAAGUUAAUUUUGAAGAGUUUUGUGUUUAUGAACAGCACCCAAAAGAUGGGAGAAAGAAAUGGUGAUGCAAAGACUUUCUGGAUGGAGCUGGAAGAUGAUGGAAAAGUAGACAUGAUAUUUGAGCAAGUACAAAAUGUGCUGCAGUCACUGAAGCAAAAGAUCAAAGAUGGGUCUGCCACAAGUAAAGAAUACAUCCAAGCAAUGAUUCUAGUGAAUGAAGCCACUAGAAGUAACAAUUCAAUACUGAUAAAGGGUCACAAAUCUGUGACUGAGAAUGAAGAGGAAGACAAAUCACAUUCAUGGCCAUCUACAUCAUAUGAAGAAUUCUUUCCAGAAGACUGUACAUUUCUCACUACAAAAAAUAAUGAAUCUCCCCCUCUGAGAAAUAAAGCUGUGGACUUUGGAGAAAAAGAAUCCUCUUUGAAUUUAUCUUACCAAAGUCAUGACUGCUCUGGUGCCUGUCUGAUGAAAAUGCCACUAACCUUCAAGGGAGAAAACCCUCUGCAGCUACCAAUUUCAUGCCACUUCCAAAGACGACAUGCAAAGACAAACACUCAUUCUUCAGCACUCCACGUGAGUUAUAAAACCCCUUGUGGAAGGAGUCUACGAAACAUGGAGGAAGUUUUUCGUUACCUGCUUGAGACAGAGUGUAACUUUUUAUUUACAGAUAACUUUUCUUUCAAUACCUAUGUUCAAUUGACUCGGAAUUACCCAAAGCAAGAAGAAAUUGUUUCUGAUCUGGAUAUUAGCAAUGGAGUGGAAUUGGUGCCCAUUUCUUUCUGUAAUGAAAUUGACAAUAGAAAGCUUCCACACUUUAAGUACAGAAAGACUAUAUGGCCACGAGCAUAUUAUCUAAGCAGCUUUCCCAACAUAUUUACUGAUUCAUGUGACUGCUCUGAGGGAUGCAUAGACAUAACAAAAUGUGCAUGUCUUCAAAUGACAGCAAGAAAUGCUGAGAUUUGCCCCUUGUCAAGAGAUAAAAUAACCAUUGGAUAUAAAUAUAAAAGACUACAGAGACACAUACCAACUGGCAUUUAUGAAUGCAGCCUGUUGUGCAAAUGUAAUCGACAAAUGUGUCAAAAUCGAGUUGUUCAGCAUGGACCUCAAGUGAGGUUACAGGUGUUCAAAACUGAGAAGAAGGGAUGGGGAGUACGCUGCCUGGAUGACAUUGACAGAGGGACAUUUGUUUGCACUUACUCAGGAAGAUUAUUAAGCAGAUCUAACACUGGGAAACCUGAUGCUAUUGGUGAAAAUAGAAAAGAAGAAAAUAUUAUGAAAAAUGUGUUUUCAAAAAGGAGGAAAAUAGAAGUUGCAGAUUGUGAGGUUGAAGUUAUCCCAUUAGAAUUGGAUAGAAAUGCUAAAACUGAAGAGUGUCCAGCUAAGUUUAGUAAUAAUCAAAAGAAGCCUGUUACAGAUAUGAAAUGUAACAAUAUUUCAAGAAUUCGGUAUCAUUCAGCCAUUAGAACUCUGAAGACCAAGAUAGCUAUUAUUCAGCCUGAUGGGAGAAAGAUGGGAUUUGCUUCCUCAGAAUCUGUCACUUCCGAAGGUAAUGAUGGAUUUAAACCAACUCAAAUACAUCUGACCACUAAAGCCAACGAUAUGAAAAAUCGUUUAUUAGUGAACGCAAGCUCAAAUCAAGUUGAAGAUUCUGAAGACAAACUCCUGAUUGAAUCAGAUGUGAUAGAUAUAACUAAAUGUAAAGAAGAAACUUCACUGAGGGGCAGAUACAGCAAAGCAACCACAAUGGAUAAUCAGAAUAUUAUGAAGGAGUUUGAGGCUCAAAUACUAAAGCCCCAAGAGAAAAGAUUUCCAGCAUGUCAAAACCAGCAGGUCGUUUGUGGUAAAGAAUUGUCAAGUGAAACGAAGAAUACUUCUUCUGAUCAGAUGAAUACUUCAUCUGAUUCUCUAAAGUUCAAUAAAGGAGAUGUGUUUUUACUGGAUGCCACAAAAGAAGGAAAUGUGGGCCGCUUUCUUAAUCAUAGUUGUUACCCAAAUCUUUUGGUACAGAAUGUUUUUGUAGAAACACACGACAGGAAUUUUCCAUUGGUGGCAUUCUUCACCAACAGGUAUGUGAAAGCAAGAACAGAACUAACGUGGGAUUAUGGUUAUGAAGCUGGGACUGUGCCUGAUAAAGAAAUCCUCUGCCAAUGUGGGGUUAAUAAAUGUAGAAAAAAAAUAUUAUAAACCUGUAGCUGAUGCCAGUUCAUGAAAUUAGCUUAUAAAGCUGAAAUUAGAGCCAUGCAAAAGAAUACCCAGUUAUCAGUGGAAUUUAGUUGGUGACCAUCAAGAGAAUUCCUCUCAAUGUGUCCUUGUCAGGGGGUUCAUUUGUGUGACUUAGAAAUGCUAGGAACAAAAUAAGAACAUUUUCAUAUGCAUAUGGUAUCUAUUUUUACCACUAUUUGACUUUACAUAUGUAGGAUGGAAGUGUAUAUUUUAAAUGAAAUACUACUAUACAAUUUGUAACUUGCUUGUAAAUUAUAUAUGAAGAGAAACCAAUGUCACAUAGAAUUCAGUUCUUGUUUUUAUUGUCUUUGAGUUCAUGGACCCAAAUGGCCACAUUUCACGGCUUUACCUACAAAAUUUACUUAUGUUUAAUUCCUGGCAAAUAAUUUACCAUUAUGAGGCAUAAGGUGGGCACAGAGUGAGGAAUAUAGCUCCAUGAAGUAUAAUCCUGUGAAACUGAGUGAGAAAGGGUGAGAAGCUCUUCUGUAGGGAUAAUUUUGGCAAACUCUUUGAGGUGAAGCUACUUUCCCACAGAUUCUCUUUACUCCUUCAAUAUAAACACAGACAGGAAAAGAGGGAACAGAAGAAACCUGGAGGAGUUGGAAGAUUUUUGUUGUGAAAUAGAGCCACAAGAAAAGGAAACCUGGAAACUAGCCAGACUUGUUUAUUUAGGCCAAAAGGGAUUAUGUUGAGCAAACAUUUCAUUAAAAAAAAAAACUGAGCUGAAAAGUUUGAUAUAUCUACUUGGAUUCUGCUGGGUAUGAUGUGCAAAUUGUUUUUCUAGAGAAAAAGGGAAGUAGUUACUUUUGUAUGGAUUACUUAGCCCUGAUCAUUUAUCUGUUGGAAAGGGGGAUGGGAACCUCUAAGAGUCAAAACUAAUUUUAUUCUUAACACUUAUAUUUGGCUGCCAGGAACUUCUCCCCUUGGAACUAGAAUGGGAAUACUAGCUCAAAAUGGAGUAAUUAAAAGUAGUUCUCAUUUUUGAGAGAUUAUAUGUUUAUUUUUUUUCCUGAAUCUGAUUCUGGUUUUAGUCUGGUUUUCUUAAGCUCAUUCGAAGUUUAGACCCAUUUCAACUUUUUAAAGAUUUUGUAUAUUUAUUUUUAGAGAAAGGGGAAGGGAGGGAGAAAAAGAGACAGGGAGAAACAUUGAUGUGAGGGAGAGACAUCAGUCAGUUGCCUCUCAUAUGGGGACCAAACUUGCAACCCAGGCAUGUGCCUCCACUGAGAAUCAAAUCAGCGACCUUUUGCUUUGUGAGACAACACCUAACCAAUUGAGCCACACUAGGGAGGGCAGACCCAAUUUAAUUUUUUAAAAAUAUUGAACUAGGUGACAAUUUAACUUGAAAAUGUUUUAGAGAGUGGGAAACCAAAUAACUAGAAAAAGGAGCAAGAAAUUAUAACCCAACAGUGUAUAGUCAGAUAAGGAAAGUUGAGAAGUCCAUUUACUUACAGUAAAGAUGCAGAGAUUUUAGGUGGCGCACCAAAAUAAAGUGAGGACACUUGAUCAAUAUGGGAAAUCUUCUUGUGCAGAUAUCCUCAUGUCUUGAUCUGCUUCAGUCUGUAUUGGUUCACAGCUAUCAUCUUCCAUUAGUGUCCUAGAGAUUCCCUUUGUCUCUCUUGUGUCAGAUGUUUCCAGUUAAAUCCCCUUGUUUCCCUUUUCCUUGGUGUACUUCCACAUAUUGGUGAAGCAUAUCCUUCAAUAUGUUUUGAAAAGAAAAAAUGAGAGGUAAAUAUUUUGAGACCUUGCAUGUUUGAAAAUGUACCCUUACACUUGGUUCCUGUUUUGGCAGAGUAUAGAAUUCUUGAGUAGUCUCCAUUCCCAAUUUUGAAGGCAUCUGUUAAGCUUUCAGAGUUGCUGCCAGGACAUAUGAAAACUUCCUUACUUUGACAUCCAGGGUGACUAUUGGAAGUCAGAUGCCAUUUUGAUCUUUUUGUAUACAAAACUACUUUUUAUCACUAUUGAAGUUAGUUCCAUUACUUUGUCCCAAUAUUCUGUUCCUAGUAAGGGUCCAUUUUCAUCCCUUUUACUGGGUAAUUGGUGGGAUCUUUCAAUCUUUCAAACUUUGUCCUUCAGUUUAGGGAAAUUUUUUUGAACUAUUUCUUUAAUGAUUGCUCAUCUGCUCUCAUUCUAGCAUUCCUGUUAUCCAGAUGGUAAAUGUCCAGGAUUGGUUCUCUGAUUUCCUUUUCUUUCAGUUUCCAGCUCUGUCUUCUAGCUGUACUUUCUAAAUUACCUUAACUUAAUCAUCUAAUUUGACUGUGUUUUAAUCUCAGAUUUUUAAUUUCCAUAAACACAUACACACACAUAUAUUUUCUCCCUGCAUAUACUGUGAUCUCUGAGUUUCAUUUUUUUUGUUUUCCCUGUAUGUUUCAUCUGGUCUUUGAUUUUUGUGUUGUAGGCUUUCCUCAGUGAUCGUGGUAGUCUACUCCUGCUUAAGAAUAGAACACUAGAAUCCUGAAAUUACAAACAGAGUGGUGGAAGGUGUUUUUCAAUUGCUUCACCAUGACCUACAUGAACUAUUUGUUUUCCAACUCAGUCUCUUUAGGACUUAAUGUGAUACAGGCAUAAUUCUAAAAUAUUACAGUUUGGUAAUAUCACAGUAAUGAAAUGAGUAUCAGUAAAUUAAGUGGUAAUCUUUUUGCUGAUGAAGCAUCUUUUAAUUUGGAAAAAACACCACCUGUGAAGUGAAAUAAAGCUAAGCACAAUAAAA